GUCAGCGACUCGCGCCGCCACCGCGGCCGGUCGAGAGCAAAGCCUUGUCGGACACCUUCACCAGUGUUCCUCUCUUCGGACCUCUUCCACUCCUUUGCGCACAGCUUGCUAGCGGAUAGACCCCUUGAGCUUCAUACAACCUCAAGAACCUCAUACCUGAAACAUGGCUUCAGCAUAUUACGAGUUUUACCGCGGGUCUUCGAUCGGAAUGGCAUUGACGGACUCCCUCGAUGAGCUGAUUACGAGCGGCGCCAUCACACCACAGUUAGCCAUGAAGGUCUUGCAGCAGUUCGAUAAGUCUCUCGCGGAUACCAUGGUCAAAUCGGUCAAGAACAAGACUACUCUGAAGGGCCACCUCCACACAUACCGCCUCUGCGACGAUGUAUGGACGUUCAUCGUGAAGAACCCGACGUUCAAGAUGGAGCAGAACGAGCUGGUGUCCGCGCCCAAGAUCAAGAUUGUCGCAUGUAAGAACGGUGACGCCAUAGAGGCUGGCAAGAAGUGAUGGCCACCCGCGCUCGGCGUUUCUCCCUUCGUCGCAUCGUUCCGUGUUUGCAUGAGGCCAUACCGUAUGUACUGCUGUGCGCAUUAGUGAGCUUAUGUAUUUGCAUGUAUCAUAGGUCGUGUCCUAGACGGAAGACUGUAUGGACUAUAUCUGGCACGUCAGGAUGGCAUGGCGCCUGCGUGUUUGAUCGACAGCCAACUCGCUUUUCUCGGU